GCAUCUCAGUCUGUAUUUUUCAGGUGGGCCAACAAGACCUUUCAUCGUUCCGAUUUCUUGCCGUCAGAUUAGUUAUAGUAUAUCCGCUUCAUACUCAAAAAUACUCAUUGCUUUAGUUCCACGCGGCAAACGUGGCUCAAUAAAUAUCGAAUAUAAUGCCCUUAAAGUUUCUUCGUUCACGUAAUGAACUGACCGGCAAUUCACAAGGCACCAAGUCUUUAUCCGCGGCAGCCUUAAGGAUACUUGUCCUUUUAAGGACAUUGCUUAUUAUAACUCCUGGAUCUCUCUUGUUUGUUGCUUCAGGUAACAAUUUCAUUUGUCGUGUAGUGAUGCCAAUCUAAUCUACCAAAAUAUUAUCAUUUGCUAAAGCCCAACCUUCUCUUUCAAUGAGAAGAUUUAUCAAUCAUGUGAUGUUUUUCAGCAAAUCAUGCUGUUACCUGGCUGAAAGAUUAUUCCUCUCCGCAAGGACACCUGAAUAGUAUCUUCAAUUAGUUUGAGACUACCUUGUAUACAGGUAACCCACUGAACCUGUCGAUGCUGUUCAACUAAACUCGGUUUCUAAGGGUCACUCACUACCACCCUAAAAGUCAAGAGGACCACACAAUGGACUGCCUACUACCAGUGGUCUUGCAUCUAUGGAGCCUGUUACCAAUCAACUGGUUAGGACAGCACAAAAUAACAUCAGCACCAAGUUACUCUCUUCGCAUCAAUGGUUUCGAUGUUUACUUUGGCUCUGUUCAAAUCACUGACUCGUACCCAUGCGUUCAAAUUUACUCCUGGUGGUCUUGUAAGCUUCGGUACCAUAGAAUCAUUAAACGAUUACAAUGCCUAUGAAAUUCUUAUGUUUUUACUAAUGGGUCUAAUUGGUGGAUUAUCUGGAGCAUUGUUUGUGAAAGCGAAUUCAGUCCUAACAAGAUAUAGACAAAAGAACAUUACAACAAAAUAUAACAAGAUUAUAGAAACCAUUCUGGUCAGUUCGUUAACUACCACUUUAUGUUUUUCAAUAAUGUGGGCUGUUCGUGAUUGUAGUCCAUUAGCAUAUACUAGCAGUUCUUUCCCUCUCAAAAUGAUGUGUGCGGACAACGAGUUUAAUUCAAUUUCCUCACUGUUAUUUUCAACACCUGAACGUUCUCUCCGAACUCUGCUUCACGAUCCUCCAAUGACAUACAGUAUUUCAGUGUUAAGCAUAUUUGUACUCGUAUACUAUUUCUUGGCCUGCAUUACAUAUGGUUUGUCUGUUCCUGCUGGUCUAUUCAUACCAUCUUUGUUGAUUGGUGCUGGCUGGGGUCGAAUCAUAGGACAUUUAAUGCAUACUAUUGAUCCAGUUCAUUUCUCCGAUCCCGGUAAAUUCGCACUGAUUGGAGCUGCUACACAAUUAGGUGGUAUUGUUCGAACGACAUUAAGUUUAACAGUUAUUCUAAUGGAGACAACAGGAAACGUAAUUGUUGGAUUACCUUUGCUAAUGACUUUGACUGUUGCUAAAUAUAUGGGUGAUUGUUUAAGCGAAGGGAUUUAUGAUGAACAUAUUGGAUUGAAUAGUAUGGCUUUACUUCCGUGGACACCGCAUUCACUAUCUAUAACUAAGAGAGCUUAUGACCUGAUGUCUAAUCCAGUCGCGUUUUUAUAUCCUAUUAUGCGUAUUAGUGAAUUAGUUGAACGGGUUACAAAUAAUUUACAUCAUGGAUUUCCAGUUGUAGUGGGUUCCACAGAUUCAUCAAGAUUUUCAUAUGGUACUUUAGUUGGGAUGAUUUCUUUGGAGCAUUUAGCACUACUGUUGCAAAAACGGGCAUUUUUAUCUAAAGAUGGUAAUAUCGUAUAUUCAUUGACCUAUAAAGAUUAUGAUUAUGCUUAUCCAUCCUAUCCAAAGUUAGGUGAUGUUUUAGCUAAUUUGUCAUGUGAUGAUAUGGACGCCUACUUAGACUUGAGGCCAUACAUGUGUGAAGCGCCAUACAGUGUCCCAGGGACUAUGACAAUGACUCGUGUUUACCAUCUUUUCCGUUUAUUGGGUCUCCGGCAUCUACCGGUUGUUGAUAGUCAAAAUCAAGUUCGUGGAAUCAUUACACGGAAAGAUUUAAGACGUUUCAAAUUCGAAUUUGUUAGCGGUGAAUAUCGUGUAGAAGAGUUGAUUUUUUCACGUAAAAAUGUGAUCACUACUUAAGAUCUUUUCCCUUUUUUUUAAAAAACAAACAAACAAAUAAAUAAACAUGAUUUUAAUUAUUUUUUGGAUCUGUUAUCAACAUUGUAUAUUUAUGCUCAUCAUCAGUAUUAACUAACCGGUUCUGAUUCUAUAUGAUUUGUGAAUAAAACAUUUAUUGGAUUCACUGACUGACUAACUAAUAAUAAUAACAAUUAUUUAUUAUUAUUAUUUUCACGUUAUUUACUUUUGUAUGUUUACCUAAUGAAUAUUAUCCUAUUAUUAUUUUGUUUACGGUGAUUUAUUCAUGAAUUCUUAAUUUUAUUAUUAUUAGCCAUUUCUUUUGUAUAAUUGUAUACUUUCAAAUUAAUGAAAUGAAUUAUUAUAUCGUUUAUAUAUUCCCCUCCGAGCACUACUAUAUUAAUACUGAAAUCACGAAUGUAAAAUUAUGUAUACAU